UCAGUCUCUUUGCCAACCAAUUCUUGCCUCCAAUCCCAAUUCUAAAAUCACAUUUUUCUUCUUCUUCUUCUGGGUAUUGUUAGAAGAAACCAAAGCUUGGGUCUUUUCAAGAACCUCUGAAUCUUUUCCUUCCAAGAAGAUAUAGCCAACGAGGGAUGUUUUCGUGCAUUGCAAGUCUAGUUUCGUCGUGCCUGAACUCUGCUCCCGUUAUCAGCGAUGAUGAAUCUUCUUCUUCCACUUCUGCAGACCCUCUUCUGUGGUGUAGAGACCUUGAGAGGCAUUCUUGUGGCGAAGUCUCCUUUGCUGUGGUUCAAGCCAAUGAUAUAAUUGAGGAUCAUAGCCAGGUUGAGAUUGGCACUGGUGCCCUCUUUGUUGGGGUUUAUGAUGGCCAUGGUGGUUCUGAAGCCUCCAGCUUCAUCAAAGAACACCUCUUCCAUCACCUAAUGAGUGAGUCUUUUGAGUUUCUUUGGAUGUUUCUGGUUUCUAAAACUGAGUGGAAUUCAGUUUGCUUUCUUGAUGCUUUUCUUUUGGCUUUUUCUUCCAUCUGCAUCGCUGAGGAUAAUGGAACUAUUACAUCAGAAAUUCUCAGGAAUGCUGUUUCUGCUACAGAGGAUGAUUUUAUGGCUCAUGUUGACACGAGUUUUAUAACAAAUCCGUUGAUUGCAAAAGUUGGUUCCUGUUGUCUGGCUGGUGUUAUCUGGAAAGGGACUCUGCAUAUCGCGAAUGUUGGUGACUCUCGUGCCGUAAUUGCUUCCACAGGUAGAUGUAACAAGAUAAAAGCUGAGCAGUUGUCUAUAGAGCACAAUGCUAGUAGGCAAGAUAUUAGAGAAGAACUCAGGGCUUUGCAUCCGCAAGAUCCACACAUUGUAGUUGUCAACCGUGGAUCAUGGCGCGUUAAAGGCAUCAUCCAG